AUGACAGUCGUGACGUUAUCCCCCUCGCCUGCGGUCGGUCUGAACGAGGCGACACGCGAAUCAAUCUUUGAAGCGAUUGACAAUGCGGAUCAAGAACUCCGAGCACUCAACACGGCAAUCCAUGACAACCCCGAAUUGUGCUACAAGGAAUUCAAAGCUCAUGACAACAUUACAUCAUUCCUUCAUGGCCAAGGCCUAGAUGUCACUCCCCAUGCGUAUGGUCUCCAGACAUCAUUUCUGGCAGAAUAUGGAAAUUCCGGACGACUUGUGGUUUUGUGUGCAGAGUACGAUGCUCUAGAGGGAAUGGGUCAUGCAUGUGGGCAUAAUUUGAUUGCCACAUCUUCCAUUGCUGCGUUUCUCGGAGUAGUUGCUGCAUUAAAACUCUCCAAAGCUCCAGGGCGAGUCCGGCUAUUGGGCUGUCCAGCAGAGGAGGGGGGAGGUGGAAAGAUCAAACUGAUUGAAGCCGGAGCAUUCAAGAAUGUCGACGCGGCGCUGAUGCUUCAUCCGACUCCUCCGAUUGGCAACUUCUCGGAUCUUGACGGUAUCUCUUACGGGACAUGUCUUGCCGGAUCUCGAUUUAAGGUCACCUUUACAGGCAAAGCAGCUCACGCAGGUGCCAUGCCAUGGCUAGGUAAUAAUGCUUUGGAUGCAGCGACGUUGUCAUACAAUGCUGUUAGCAUGCUCAGACAGCAAGUGAUGCCCACUGACCGCAUCAACAUUGUCAUUCGAGAAGGCGGCCUCAGUAGCAACAUUAUCACCGACAAGACCACCAUUGAUGCAUGCACUCGCUCCGCGACGCUAAAAGAGAUGUUGAACUUGAGUGCCCGAGUGUAUAAAUGUUUUCAAGGUGCUGCCAUUGCAACCGCUUGUCAAGUGGAAAUUAUCAAUGAAAUGGAACCAUAUGCCGACCUCAGACCCAAUGAAGCACUAUGCUCAAAUUUUGCAGAGGCAAUGGCAACGAACUUUAAGAAGGAAUAUUAUUGCGACUUGAGGAGCAGAGACCGCGGGGGCUAUGGCACGGAUAUGGGGAAUGUGAGUUACGAAUGUCCGUCGUUCCAUGGUAGCUUUUGCAUUCCUGUCCUUCCUGGAGACAACAUUCAUGGUCCUGGUUUUGCGACAGCGGCUGGGACUACAGACGCUCAUCGAACAGCGACCCAAGCUGCCAAGGCCAUGAGUGUUACGGGUUGGCGUGUGCUGAUUGACGACGAUUUUGCACAACAAGUGCUAAAGGAUUUCGAGUUAGACAAAAAGUUACGUUAA